GUUGCUGAUACCAAGUCUUUCCCAAGGCCUUUUAAUGUCUUACCGUCGAACAAAUUCGAAAGUGACGUUGGCUUUCAUAUUCUUCUAUUUGAUCUGGAAAACCUUGUUGAACUUUUGCUGCCACGCCCCCAGGACAUUGACCCUUCCAAUUCAUUCCAUGCCGACAUCCUGAAGAAGAGCCAGAGGCACAUAGAGAAGAAGACGAUAAAGAGAAAUAAAGCUUCCUGUAGUUCUCUCUCAGCAGAGGCACAAACCAAGCCUGUUAGUGACAACCAGGACCAAGGAGAUGAUACCAUCAGAUUCCUAGAAGAAAAUGAUGUUAUUAAACGGCAGAAGAAAAUGAAGGGCUCCAAAAAGGUGUAUCCUAAGCCACUGAGAAAAGUUGAUGCCAACAUCGCAAUAGACACAGCGAAAUUGUUUCUGUCUUGCCUUCUGCCCUGGGGAAUGGAUAAAGAGUUGGAUAAUCUCUGCAUUAGGCAUCUCAAUAUCUCAAAGCUUCAGGGUCCUGUGUCUUUAGGACUGGCUUCCAGUGAAGACUACUUCUCAUUGAUGCUACCGGGUUGGGAUUUAUGCAGUACUGAAAUGAAGAAGGAAUGUUCAAGAGUAAAUUUAUUUUCCAGAAAAGUUUUGGACUUGUCAAAUAAAUACACAGCCACUCUUCCAAACCAUGUUGGAACACCAAAAGGACUUGAAAACAGUUGUGAUUCUUUGCAAGAAUCAAAUACUAUAGUUUAUUUAUUGAGCAGAUUAUUUUUAGUUACUAAAUUAGUCAACAUGCCUUUAGAAUUGGCCUGUGAAAUUGACAGAUCUUUCAAAAUGGAAUCUAUACAUAAAAAAAUGAAAAGCCCUGGUAAUGAUAUUUUGAAUAUUUCAAGCUUCUCUGGUUGCUUAAGAAAUGGUAAGAAUGAGUUUCAUACACCUGAGGCGGACCUUUCACUUUUGAAGCUAAUCUCCUGCUGGCGAGACCAGUCUGUGCAGGUAACUGAAGCAAUACAAGCUGUUCUCUUGGCUGAAGUUCAACAGCACAUGAAAAGUUUGAGAAAAAUUCCAAUCAGCAGUCAACCAGUGUCCUUGGCAGAAGGUAGUAACUGUGAUAUGAUGCAGCUCCCACCAAAGACAAAGAAGGAAUGGGCUGAAGAACUAGAGUUACAGUGCACUGGAAACAUUUUGCCUCUGCAAACUCCAGUCAGUCCAGUCAAGCAUGACAGCAACUCAAACUCGGCAAACUUCCAAGAUGCUGAGGACAUGCCUGACAGAUGUGUCUUGGAAGAGUCUGAGAGUCCAGGUCAGCCAAGACAUCAUUCAUGGAUAGCAAAGGUGUGUUCCUGCAAGAUGUGCUAA